CAACAAAAAUAUAAACUAUGUGCUCCAUAAGAAAACAAAUUAGUUUAACAGCUCAUACACCUGAUGUCUAUAUUGUAUAGGCUGCAGGAAAAUUAUCCUACAGUGGAUGUUUUUCUAUGUUCAUGGCUAUUCAAAGAGGGAAAGAGAUGGAUUUCCAAUUGAUUACCCACACAACAAAUGAACAGCUCCGUACCAAACCUCACCAGCUGAGACAAAAGCAUCUUUCCAGUUUCCAAGGAGAAUGUGAGGAGAGGGGGAAAGAUUCUACCAUUGAGAGCUUUGUAACAAAUUUUUCAAACAUCUAUGAGUCAGACCUGCUGCCUUCACGGAAUGGUGAGGAAUUUACAGGACAGUUCCUUCAUGAAGUGGUGGAUAUUCUCUUGACAUACAUCAAGAAGACCUAUGAUAGAAAGAGUAAAGUGCUGGAUUUCCAUCACCCACAUCAGCUUCUGGAAGGGCUGGAAGGCUUCAGCAUGGAACUCUCUGAUCAACCACAACCUUUGGAACAAAUUCUUGUUGACUGUAGAGAUACCCUGAAAUAUGGAGUUAAAACAGGACAUCCACGUUAUUUCAACCAACUCUCAAGUGGCCUUGAUAUUAUUGGUCUGGCUGGAGAAUGGCUGACAGCUACAGCAAAUACAAACAUGUUUACUUAUGAAAUAGCUCCAGUGUUUAUUGUAAUGGAGGAGAUCCUACUUAAGAAAAUGCAUGAAAUUAUUGGAUGGACAGAAAGUGAAGCAGAUGGCAUAUUUUCUCCUGGAGGCAGCAUAUCAAACCUCUACAGUAUUUUAGUUGCCCGCUUUAAACAUUAUCCUGAGAUUAAAACCAAAGGCAUGGCAGCCCUGCCAGUCAUUGUAUUAUUUGUUUCUGAACAUAGUCAUUAUUCUGUAAAGAAAGCUGCAGCAGUUCUUGGGAUCGGGAUGGAUAAUGUGAUUGCUGUCAAGUGUGAUGAAAGAGGGAAGAUGAUACCAUCUGAACUGGAGGGAAACAUCCUCAAAGUGAAAAGACAGGGCAAGGUUCCACUGUAUGUUAGUGCGACAGCUGGGACAACAGUGUACGGAGCCUUUGAUCUUCUUGCCAACAUUGCAGACAUUUGUCAGAAGUACAACCUCUGGAUGCAUGUGGAUGCUGCAUGGGGAGGAGGUUUGCUGCUAUCAAGAAGGCAUUCCUAUAAACUGAAUGGUAUUGAAAGGGCCAAUUCUGUCACCUGGAAUCCACACAAAUUGAUGGGUGUUCCACUGCAGUGCUCAGCUUUCUUAGUCCAUGAGAAGGGUCUUCUCCAAGCCUGUAAUCAGCUUUGUGCUGGAUAUCUCUUCCAACCAGACAAACAAUAUGACACAGCUUAUGAUACUGGGGACAAGACAAUCCAGUGUGGUCGGCAUGUUGAUGUCUUCAAACUAUGGCUAAUGUGGAGAGCCAAGGGCACACAAGGAUUUGAAAUUCUUAUCAACAGAUUUUUAGAACUCUCAGAAUACCUAUAUAGUGAACUGAAGAAAAGAAAAAACUAUGAGCUCGUUUUUGAUGCUGAGCCUGAACUCACCAAUGUAUGUUUUUGGUACAUUCCACCAAGUCUUCAACAGAUACCAAAGGGACCAGACAGAGACAGAAGGCUUCAUCAGGUUGCACCAAAAAUAAAAGCAAGAAUGAUAGAAGAAGGUACAACAAUGGUUAGCUAUCAGCCUCAUGGGGACAAUGUGAAUUUUUUCAGAAUGGUCUUCUCAAACCCAGCAACUAAGAAAACCGAUGUCGAUUUCCUUUUGGAAGAAAUUGAAAGGCUUGGGAAGGAUUUAUGAUAACUGGUGCUAAAUCUUGACACAAUGUGGGAGAGGUUGUUUCUACAUUGUCAUAAUGGUUCAAUGUAAAGUUUUUUCAUUGUUGUUCUGCACAUUGCUUGUCUCUCUUCCUUUUUCUCCCAACAUUUCUUGAGGCAAGGGGAGGUUGGUAGGAAAAUGAAAGAGACUGAAUGAAAAAGGAAAAUUGUAUGUAACAGGAGGGAACGUUUUUUAAAAACAGUUUUUAGGUUGUUUUUUAAAAUUUCUCUUUGCACACUUGUUCCUUGAUUCUGGGAACUGUACUUUGUUGUGACACCAGAGCAGAGCCGUGAAACAAUAGUCAUCUAUCCAUGUACUACAAUAAACAAAGAUUCCUAUAUUUAUUGUACUUAGUGAAAUACCUGAUUUUGAAAUUAAUAAUUAAGCAUGCAAUCACAUGCAUAUAUGAUUUAAAAAAACAAACAAACUGGGCCCAUACUACUUUAAUCACUAUUUGCACAGAGUGAAUGGACUAUAUUUUGCAUAAAUAAUACUCCACUGAUGUCCUUCUCGACCCACAAAAAAACCUCAAUUUAACUAUAUCCAAAGCAGUUUUAUGCCUUAGAGGGAAAAUACAUUUCCUUUAAAAACAUCCAAGUUAGUCAGAUCUGUCUGCAAUUGUAUUAAAAACAACAACAUAUUCCUCUCUGUUUCUGACCCUCAGUUCACUGUUGAAAUAUUGAAAAUUAAUUCUAUUAUGUUCAAAUCCUCCCAACUUGAAUGAAUCUUGUUACUUAGUGGUCAGGCCACCUGUGAACUCAGCUUUCCCCCCUCUGACAGUUAUUCUUUCAUGAUUCUCUUGGAAAAUAUUCCUCCACUCCCAUUUCUUUUUUGUUAUCUGUGUCGCCACUGUUGCCAUCCAUUUCUGGUAUCCUGUUUCUUCCAGCACCUCUUUUAUCUUCUUUCAACAUCUCAAGCUGCUUGACUGUGUCAGGGUCACCUUUCAUCCAUACAUUGUUUUGCCAUUUUCACCUUCUCUCUCUCUCUUAUUUUCUCUCUCCUAAAAGUCAUCCCCUCACAUACUGUCUUUCAUCUCCCUCCUCCUUUUACCUCCGUACCAAACAGUCCUUCUUUUACUUUCCUCUUGCUUCUCAUCCUCAUCUUACCAUCAAUUCUCCCCCCCCCCCCCCACUAUAGCUUCCUUUCUGUGCAUGCAAUGUACCAUAAGACCAUAGCCUGGACUUCCUAAUUCUCCCUCCUAUCCUCUUCUUUCUUUGCUGCCUUGGCUAUCAUUCUUCUUGUCCACAGUUGUUUCCCACUCUGGAUAGAGGGAACAACACAGCAAAUGAAUAAUCCCAUUUAAUUCCUGGAAAAAUAUCCCCUUCCAAAAACAAAAACAAAAACAAACUUACAGUAAACUUCAUUUGGAGAAAAAGUAAUUUAUGAUGCAGCUCCCCCCCC